UCUCGUUACCUUUUUUUUUGGUUUCCAUUUUUGUCUCUUUCCUCCUAUUUUCUUUGCUUGACUUUAUUGAUUAGUUUACUGACUCUGCAUUUACUUCAAAUCAUACCCUUGAAAUCAGAGAGAGAAAUUCUCAUAUUCAGACAAAUUUUCUCUGACUUUUUGACCAAUUAAUUAAGCAAAAGCAAGAAGUUAUUGUAAAUGGAGUGGGAAAAUCAGCAGCAGCAGCCACCGCAGAGGGCGGAGGAUAUGAACGGCGCCGCCGGAGGAGGAGGAGGGAUGUUUGUAAAAGUAAUGACUGAUGAGCAAAUGGAAGUGCUACGUAAGCAAAUUGCAGUGUACGCUGUCAUUUGUGAACAGCUAGUUGAUUUGCACAAAUCCAUGGCUUCCCAACAUGAUCUUGCUGGAACAAGGCUGGGGAAUCUAUAUUGUGAUCCGCUGAUAACAUCAGCUGGCCACAGAAUCAGUGGCAGACAACGUUGGACGCCAACGCCUGUGCAACUUCAGAUUCUUGAACGUAUUUUCGAUCAAGGCAAUGGAACACCAAGCAAACAAAAGAUUAAAGAUAUAACCUUUGAAUUAUCUCAGCAUGGACAAAUUUCUGAAACAAAUGUUUAUAAUUGGUUUCAAAAUAGACGUGCUCGAUCGAAAAGGAAACAACAGGGCGGUGGUGCAACGAACAACGUUGAAUCAGAGGUGGAGACAGAGGUCGAAUCACCUAAUGAAAAGAAAACAAAGCCAGAGGAUUUGCAAUCUUCUCAUAUGCCAACUUCAAGAACUGAAGAGGGUAGUUCAAAUCCAACUGGAAGUUUUGACCAAUUGUCCUUCUAUGCAAUGUCUAAUCCAAGUCUUGAAAUGUGUUAACUUCAGCGCGAAUUUUCUUUCCUCAGUUCGCCAAAUCUCCCCUAAUGGUUGUUGAGCGUUGUUGUCUCCUUAUUGUGGUCUUUGUUAAUACUCACCUCCUGAGCUAACUUUCGGGGUUGAGUUAGGCCCGGAUCCAGUUUCUUAAUAUCGUAUCAGAGCAAUAUCCAACCCCAUUCUUGAUUUACCCAAUAUUGAGCCCCCAUGUUAUGUUUUACAUGCUUUAGAUCACCAACCCUGAAUCAUGUGAAGGAUGUUAAGCGUUACAUGUUGGUUGAGGGAAUGAUCACUUCACCUCACGAGCAAGUUUUUGUGGUUGAGUUAAGCCUAAAUCCAUCGUCUAACAAUAUUCAACAACAAACAAAAAAUGGAUCGACCUUGAAUAUCCAAUUUAUGCAUUGUCCCUUUUCUUUUUUUAUAAUUCUGAAGUAGAUGUUAUGAAUAUGGAU